GCGAAAGCACCGAAAUCCAACACACACAGCACAAAGAAAAACACGCGGAAAUCAAAACCCUGAUGGCCUGAUCCAAUCGAGCUCGCAGGCUCGCCGCCGACUCCGCCUCCCAAUGGGGCUCCUCAGCUCCUUGCCGCCGCACCGCCGGGGCGGCGCCCUCUCCGGCUGCUGGCAGUGGUCGUUCCUCGAUGUCGUCUGGGCGGUCUUCCUCCUCGCCGUGUUCGUCUUCCUCGCGCUCGUCUUCACGCCGCGCCGCGGGGGCGGGGACCCGCUCUCCGUCGCCCGCUCCGGUGGCGCCGCGGCGGUGCCGCCGUGCGCCGCCUCGGAGGUUGACCUCCUCCCCUGCGAGGACCCGCGCCGAAGCUCCCGCCUCAGCCGCGAGAUGAACUACUACCGCGAGCGCCACUGCCCCGCGCGUGGCGAGGCGCCCGCCUGCCUCGUCCCGCCGCCGAGCGGCUACCGCGUCCCCGUGCCCUGGCCUGAGAGCCUCCACAAGAUCUGGCAUGACAACAUGCCUUAUGGUAAGAUUGCUGAAAGAAAAGGUCAUCAAGGGUGGAUGAAGCAUGAAGGUUCAUACUUUAUUUUUCCUGGUGGUGGGACUAUGUUCCCUGAUGGAGCCGAACAAUACAUUGAAAAGCUUAGCCAGUAUGUUCCUCUGAAAACUGGUGUCCUCAGGACAGGUCUUGAUAUGGGAUGUGGGGUUGCCAGCUUUGGAGGGUUUUUGCUUAAGGAGAAUAUCAUGACACUUUCAUUUGCACCAAGAGAUUCUCAUAAAUCUCAAAUACAAUUUGCUUUGGAGAGAGGAAUUCCAGCAUUUCUUUUGAUGUUGGGCACACGUCGUCUUCCAUUUCCAGCACAGUCCUUUGAUUUUAUCCAUUGCUCCCGGUGUUUGAUACCUUUUACUGCCUAUAAUGGAACUUAUUUGAUUGAAGUUGACCGUUUACUUAGACCGGGGGGGUAUCUAAUCAUAUCGGGUCCCCCUGUGAGAUGGAAGAAGCAGGAGAAGGAAUGGGAUGAACUUCAAGUAAUGGCAGGAGCUUUGUGCUACAAAUUGAUGACUGUUGAUGGUAAUACUGCCAUUUGGAAGAAACCUGCUGAGGCUUCAUGUCUUCCUAACCAAAAUGAAGUCGGCCUUGAUCUGUGUAGCACCGAUGAUGAUCCAGAUGAAGCAUGGUACUUCAAGUUGAAGAAAUGUGUUGGUAAAGUUUCUAUGGUGGAAGAAAUAGCUAUUGGUUCCAUUCAAAGGUGGCCAGAUAGGCUAUCUAAACCUUCUGCUAGGGUAUCACUUAUCAACAAUGGAGCAAACUUGUAUGAAGUAGAUAGUCAGAAGUGGGUGAGGAGAGUAUCAUAUUAUAAGAAAUCACUUGGUAUCAAGCUUGGGACCACACACAUACGCAAUGUCAUGGAUAUGAAUGCAUUCCUCAGAGGUUUCGCAGCCGCUAUAGUGUCUGAUCCUGUAUGGGUUAUGAAUGUUGUUCCUGCUCGAAAACCAUUGACACUUGGAGUUAUCUAUGAUAGGGGCCUUAUUGGGGUUUAUCACGACUGGUGUGAACCAUUCUCGACAUAUCCUCGAACUUAUGAUCUCAUUCAUGCUGAUGCAUUCGACUCCUUGAUAAACGAUCCAAUUUCAGGCACUAGCAGAUGUGAUCUGUUUGAUAUCAUGUUGGAGAUGGACCGCAUACUGCGGCCAGAAGGAACUGCUGUUAUACGGGGCUCCCCAGAUCUGAUAGACAAGGCAGCACAGGUUGCUCAGUCUGUUCGGUGGAAUGCCCAGGUGCAUGACAGUGAACCAGAAUCAGGUAGCACCGAGAAAAUACUUGUGGCUACGAAAACAUUUUGGAAGCUACCGCUAACAUCACAAUAGUGUAACUCUAGCAAUGCAUGUGUGAACCCUUUGCACUUACACUCAACUCUGUUUUUUGGGGGAGUGGGCUAGAUGGACAUAUGAGGCUAAUAGGAUUGAUGAAAUAGUUUAAUCGAGGUGAUCAUUCUUUUGUUUGUUCCAUAGUGAUAGGUUAGGUGUGGUGUAAAACUCUUUGUGGCUCCAUCCCCUUUUCCAUUUGACAGCUAAAUACAGAUUGAUGUUGUUAUAGCAUAUUAACAUUUUGUUAUGUGAUUUGGUUUAUUCCA